UUUUCAGUACUGUUUUGUUCAUGCAGUACUUUCAAAGGCUCUGAUUAUCCUAUAUAUAGCAAUUAGCGGGAUCAAGGAGAUCGUACUAUGAUUGUGGGAUAAUUAUAAUCUUUGAAUGUAAUGUAUGCACUUCGGAACCACACCAUACGAAGUUCAUUGACAAAAGCCGUUUGUUGGUGAUUUGUGUUUAUGUUGGGUUAUUUGUGCGAACCAUUUUUUUAAACGAAUUGUGCGGGUUUGAGUAUCAUGGGUUAGGAGCUACUUAUAUUUCUCAGAACUCCAUACUGAGUGAUUAGUGUCACUGUCGUAACAAUAGGGUGACGACAGUCUUAUUUAAAUGCCUGUAUGUACGCAUACACUUUCGUGCCAUCGGACAGGAGAUGUUUCAGAUGCGAGGAACGAAUUUAGAAAUACAAGAGCAGACAGAGAUAUUUUAAGAGAAUUAAUACAGAAUUACAUAAGCGGAAAGAGAUGCACUAAAACAGCGACUGCAUGCUACGGUAUGUGUUAUCCAUGGAGCUGGCUUGAUUGAGAGAUUCUAACUGUGUCAUCCAAACGAAGCAGAACUGAUUCAUUUGCAGAAACAAGAAAAGAUUUUGCAUUUAGAACUGUGAUCAGUUGAGUACACUUUUAAUUUAAAAAUGGGUCUGAUAUUUGGUAAAGCUCAAGAUGAAGUGCAAGUUAAAAACAAAACUAUAGAAACUGCUACAGAACAGUGCCAUCUGGCAACUGUUGAACCAGAAAAGAAAGUAACCACAAGUAAACAGUAUUUAAACUUCACUUUUUUGAUUGAUCCAUCUACAGUAGAUUACAUACGCACCUCAAAAACAAUAUUCAUUUUACGCGGCCUUGCUGGCAGUGGAAAAUCAACAAUUGCAAAAGAAAUUGAAGAGACAUACAAAGGUGCUGUAAUAUGCUCCGCAGACCAAUUCUUCACAGUCAGAGGCAGGUACAUGUUUAAUCCAAAGAAGCUGAGAGAGGCUCAUGAAUAUUGUCAGGAGAAAGCGAGACGUGCUUGCAUAAGAAAUGAAAAUGUUAUAGUUAUUGAUAACACUAAUGUUCAGAAGUGGCCGAUGGAGUACUACUUUCUGUUAGCGUUUAAAACUUGCUAUACUGUUGUCCUAGUGGAACCGCAAACACCAUGGAAAGAUGAUCCCCUUUUUUUAUCAAUUAAGAAUCAACAUAAUGUACGAGAAGAGACUAUUCAAAAGAAAUUGGAACAGUGGGAAACAGUCUUGCCACUUUAUUUUGGCUGGUUUCUGAAUGAAUCUGAUUCUCGUAUGCUGUUACUUGUUGGUCAGGCAUAUCUUGAAGAGUGCCUGAAGUUACCUGAAUUUGAAGAAGAUUUCCAGAGUUUUAGCUCAUUGGAAGAUAAGUCAGAGAUGCUGGAGUACUACACUAAGAGGGGUAAGCUGUUACACUGCACGGCAAAGUUCUGUAAGUGUGGAGAAGUUCCAGAUGCUUUGGAAUAUUCGUCAAAACGUGAUGUUCUAGAAGCACAUGGAAAAUGUUAUGAUUUGAAUGUAGUUGGAUUUGUGAUGACUCCAAGGACAUUUGGAGCACGAGUGAAGCUUAAUUCUGAAGAGAUGAAACUAUGGGGAGGAGAACUUUCAUCAGCCACAUCUUCACCUCAGAAUUCACCUAGAAUGAAACAGAAAAGGAAUGCAGAUCUUUACAUAGAUGUCAGGGACAGAGAGAGCAAACAUGUACCAAAUUGUCAAGCAUCUCUUAUUUGUUUACCAGAGACUGAUAUUUCAUUGCAGCCAACCAAAGGAUUUGGUAGUAAAGCUCAUAUCACACUGGGAUCUGCAGAUGGGAUACAGCCGGUCACAACAGGUUUAGACCUACUUGAUGUUAUUGAUUGUGAAGCAUUGUCACAUGAAGGAGAUUUUUAGUGCACAGCCUUUGGCAAAGUGAAAAAAGUGUCAGUUCUGUUCUAAGUUGUCUUGGCGAAACUGUAGCACCUGUACACCACUGACUACUUUAUAUGGUAGUUACCAUGGUGUAAAUUAUACUUUUGUUAAAAGCUGACUCUACUGCUAGUUCUGUGUCUUCAUCAGUUUGGGUAAAAAUACAGUAAGAUGUAGGGUAGAUGUGAACACUGCCUAACUAUAUAUGUAAAAGUAAUUUUAAGUUUUAUUCUGGAAAGUGUGUACAGACUGAAAAAGAACUCAUUGUCUAACAAUGACACAGAUAUUACUUACAUAUUUUUUUUAUUUUUUUUUUUUUCAUUUUAAUUUUAAAUGGAUUGAAUAAUAUGCUCUGAUAACUUUUGCAAGAACUGUUAUAUACAAAAUAGUGCCAUUGUUGAAAUCUUUGUGAGAAUUUUGCACAGUUGUAUAAUUAUGCAAAAUGUGUGAAUUAGUUUACUAGGUGUGGAAGGAAACAGCCAUUUUCUUGUUAAGUUGUGUGUUUAUGAAAUUCUGUUUAUAUGUAUCCCUAAAGUUUGUGUAAAAUCUAUAUCAGAAUAUUUGGCUCUGAUAUACCUUACUUCUUGAACAUGUGUAAUUUUGCUUUAUGCACUUAAGUAAGGGUGGUUACUACAUAUUUUCUGUCCCCCUCCCUUCUCCUCCUACAUGUAACUCAAUAUUUUCUCAUAACUUGAUCCUUUGAAUGUCACAGAUGCUGUACGAAAUAGAGAUUCAAGAUUUCAGAAAAAUUUAGAUAGUAUAUUUUUUAUACUUUUAACUUUCGUAUAAAAUGGAGGGCGCUACAUUAAUUUGGAGUAAAUGUAUGAGUAGAUGUAUUAGUCAAUUGCUUUCUCAUUGCUUAUGAUUAAACAAAGCUCUUAAUAAGAUUUAAAUCUGAGAAGUGAACUAUUUGUGGUUUGCUGUGUCUUGUUUUUGGAUGCUAUUUCAUAAUUGUACAUAUUAAGUAUUUCCAUUUCUUGCCAUCUCCACAUUUUAUACAUAUUUUAGAAAUACGCCAGUUCGUUCACAAAGCUUACAUUCGUGUAUGCUAUUGUAUUGAGGAAAAAUGUUUUCAAGUAUAAAACCAUUUGGGUAUAAGGCUGUGUCAUUUUAAAAUGCUAAAAGCAACUGUAAAUUUAAGUGGUCUAAUAGCUAAAAGGAUUUUCUUCAGAUGGAUACUGGCUGUGCAACCUUACAUGCAUACAUCAUGUAUUCAAGAUGUCUGUGUUUAUAUAUAAAGGUAAAUAUGUUGAAAAGUAAAUAAAUAGUGUGUACUGCCA